GAGCAGCGGAGGGAGUGCAGUUGUUUUUCUGUAUUGUGGAUGCUGGUGGGAUAGAAUUAUAGAGACCGGAGGGGGGACGCGCGAUAAGGCAGUAGACUAUGUAGGUGUGUGUAGCCGUGUGUGCGGAGGAGAGCCGUGUGAGGCGGGAUACAGCGGACGCGCAGGUUCAGGGCUCCCUGAGAUUGUGCAGGUCUUGCAGAUUUAUUAUCGCUAUUGCUGCUGCGCUCCUGAGUCAGCCUGUUGUGUACAGAUAAAGAGGGUAGAGUGCAGCGCGGAGACCAGAGCGGGACACACGGGCGGCGGAGCGGGACACACGGGCGGCGGAGCGGGACACACGGGCGGCGGAGCGGGACACACGGGCGGCGGAGCGGGACACACGGGCGGCGGAGCGGGAUGACGCUGAAGUUCGAGCGCUCGGAGAUCGUCCGCACUGACGGCCCCAGCAUGAGGUCCGCGCUGUCCGAUCUCUACCUGGAGACCCUGCUGCAGAACCGGGCGGCCACCCAGGGAUUUUCCUCCCCACCUAAAGUUUUAUCAGAAGAGUUUUGCACCAAUGGAUCUGCAGCCGGGUGUCCUGAGGAAAAGAAAAAAGUUCGACUUGUGCAGUUUGAAAGAGAGACGGAGGAGCCCAUGGGCAUCACCCUCAAGUUGAAUCCACAGCAGAAGUGUGUUGUUGCACGUAUCUUACAUGGCGGACUUAUCCACAGGCAAGGUUCUCUUCAUGUUGGUGAUGAAAUUCUUGAAAUCAAUGGAACAAGCGUCCAAAGCCAAAGUGUGGACCAUCUGCAGAGUGUCUUGAAAGAAAGCAAAGGAACGAUCACUCUAAAGGUGUCCCCAACGCAAAGCAACCGUAAGCUCCCACUUCAGAUGUUUGUACGAGCGCUCUUUGAUUAUGACCCUCUUUCUGACCCCCUCAUUCCAUGCCGAGAGGCAGGCCUGCGCUUCCGUACUGGAGAUAUUCUGCAGAUCAUAAACAAGGAUGAUUCUAACUGGUGGCAGGGAAAGAAACAAGGGGAAGAAAAAGCCGGUCUAAUACCUUCACCUGAAUUGCAAGAGUGGCGUGUAGCAAGCACAAAUACAAGUAACCAAAUACCUCAGAGCUGUAGUCCCUUCAGCAAAAAGAAAAAGUGCAAGGAUAAAUACUUGGCAAAGCAUAGCUCUAUUUUUGAUCAGCUAGAUGUGGUGUCUUAUGAAGAAGUGGUGUCUCUUCCUGCUUUUACUAGGAGAACCCUUGUGCUCAUUGGUGUCAGCGGAGUUGGGCGUAGCCACAUAAAAAAUGUUUUGCUUACCAAAUAUCCUGAGAGGUUCAGCUACCCCUUACCACACACAUCUCGUCCCCCAAAACGUGGAGAGGAAAAUGGUGCCUCGUAUCAUUUUGUGUCUGUGGAAGAAAUGAGUCAAGGAAUUUCGGAAAAUCAAUUUUUGGAGUUUGGCAGCUUUAGUGGAUAUAUGUUUGGAACAAAGAUCCAGACUAUAAAGGAUAUCCACAAUGAAGGAAAGGUGGCCGUUCUCGACAUAGAGCCACAGACACUAAAGAUGGUCCGUACAGCAGAGCUGGCUCCAUUCAUUGUCUUUAUAUCUCCCACUGAUACUGACAAGUCUGAUGCACUCCAAAAGCUUCGUGCAGAUUCAGAGGCUCUCCGGGUUCGCUAUGCUCAAUACUUUGACCUGACUCUGGUUAACAAUGAUGUGGAACAAACUGUUCAGGAUCUACUAGGGGCUCUUGAUGCAGCCUGUGCCUCUUCCCAGUGGGUCCCAGUGACCUGGGUAUAUUGACAAUAUUACUAUACGUUAUAAGCCAACAUCCACUCCAGUAUAGGGUAUUUACUGCCCAACAUACGGCAAAUGAUCUAUUUCCUCCUUAGUCAAAUUUCAUGUACUCCUACGAGAUUUAUAAACAUUUGCUCCAUUUAUUUUCUGCUAUGGUUGCACAUUUCUGAUAAUCAGAAUAUCUCUUCAACAGACUAGACAUUUCCUUGUUGCGUACAAUGAUUUGUGUACUGUCAGAUUUAUAACAAGUAAUGCAAAAAUACACAAGUAUUCAUGUCUGUUGAAAAGUUAAGAUGUAUAUUCAGAUCACUCUAAAAGAAGGCCUUGGACUAAAGGUGGCCAUACCCAUUAGAUGAGUGUCACACAAACCCACUGAUUUCGGUGAGACAGGCAGACCACUAUCGGGGUACUUAAAAUUUGUCUGCUGACACCUCUGUCCAUUUCAGGAACUGUCCAGAGCAGGAGAGGUUUCCUAUGGAGAUUUGCUCCUCCUCUGGACAUUUCCUAAUAUGGACAGAGGUGUCAGCAGAGAGCACUGUGGUCAGACAGGAAAUUCAAAAAGCAAAGAACUUCCUCUGUAGUAUACAGCAGCUAAGUACUGGAAGGAUUAAGAUUUUUACCGUAUAUACUCGAGUAUAAGCCGAGUUUUUUCAGCACGAUUUUUCGUGCUGAAAACGCCCCCCUCGGUUUAUACUCGAGUGAACUCUCUGCCUGUCAAUCCCUUCUCAGUGGUCUUCAACCUGCGGACCUCCAGAU